GUGUUUUGAAUCCGUCGUUAUUGAGCGAUGUCAGUACGUCGGCGCGAUUUAAGUCCUCCGCCGCGCGGUCCGGGAGGUGGGAGCGGUGGUGGUGGUCCACUUGGUGGCAGCAGCAAACUUCGUAUGGACCGCAAUCCCAGCCGUGCGAAGAUUACCGAUCCAAGCCAUCCAGCGGGUAAACGAAAAGAGAUCGAUAACGUCAUGAAGAAGGCCCGUGCCUUCCCGAACGAGACGUGGGACAAGAAGCUACUAGAGGUGGAAGAAAAGGAUCCGAAUCGGUGGCGCCAUACCGGGUACAAAAAACUGUACAUUGAAGAUGAUCCAAGCAGCUCGGAUUCAGACCGUCCACCAGGCGGUGGCGGUGGUGGUGGACGCUAUGGUAACGGGAGACGUAGCAGAUCACCACGAUCACCGCGUCCGGUACAUCGACGCUCACCGUCACCGAUGGCAGCGAUGCGCAAACGCCACAUGUCGCCACUAUCGCCCGUUCCGAUGCGUCGCCGAUCGCCUUCGCCGUCACCAAUCAAUCGUAAGCCACCGCCACCCGAGCUGAAACGGCGACCACGCUCUCCUUCGCCAAGAAUGCGCCGUAAAUCGCCGAUGGGGAUGAUGCGUCGUCCCAUGUCACCCAAUGACAUGCGAAGGCGCCCAUCACCACCCGGUAUGGGUCUUGAUUCACCGCGCCGAGUCCCACGGCGUAUGUCACCACAUCUUGGUCCGCCACCGUCGAAGGGUGGUCGAAUUCCACCGGUACCACGUUCGAAGCGACCGCCUUCACCACCACCAAGGAUGAGUCGUUCGGCAUCCAUGAGCAGCUGUUCCGAUGACUCCUGUUCCGGUUGUUCGGUUGACGAUCACCGUCGUCGUCGCCGUCGUUCAAGAAUUCGAUCUCCACCGCACAACAACGGCUCGAAAGGCCUUCGCCGUGAAGGUAUUGCGGAAAGCCGUCUUAGACCGAUGAGUCCACCGCCAGUGGAUUCGCGUCGUAAGCAUCCGCCUCUGCCGGAACCGCAGCCGAAAGGUCAUCGUGUUUUGGAGAAGACUUCCCGCGAUCAACGUCCGUCACGUCUACAGCCACCGCCGGAACAGCGCUCGCGACGUCCACAAACACCCGAUUCCGAUCGUGCUUUGUCCCCGCCGAAGCGUUCCAAGCAUGCAAGCAAAUCGUCCAGUCACGCAGCUGGACCGGAUGAACCACGAGCAUCGAAGGUGCGUGCUUCGAAACAAUCCGUACCGUCGUCGUCCUCGAAUGUGGCUGGAUCCAAUGGACACGAUGCCGGGGUGUCGGGUGCUUCAUCCUCCUCACAAACGGCCCUUGCGGCAAGCUCGUCCAGCACUAGCCAUAAAAAGCAUCAUAAAGACAAAAGUGCAGACAAAUUGCGUGCACGGGUAAAAAUUGAAGGUGAACCGAAACGUCGUUCCAGGCCUCGCUCGCCCUCGAGCGGUUCGGAGGAAUCGAGCAGCAGCGAAAGCUCCCUGCCUCGAUUUACGGCCACUACACGCAUGACACUUUCCGAGCGCUUCGGUAAGAUGGCACAGUGGAGCGUGGAUCGAUCGAAUAUGGAAAAUAUGCGCAUCACGAAGAAUUCGGCCGGUGGUGAUCUAAAAGUGAUGAUCGAAGAGGAGCUUGAAGCACCACCAACGCGUUAUACCUAUUCACCAGCCCCAGCCGGACAUUUCCCCGAAGAGUUAAUGACGACCGGACCCAGCGGUCUGUCAUCGUGGGAUGAUGUGCGGGUACGGUACGAGUACUACAAGGGACGGGGAUAUUUGCGCGAUCUCGAUCUACAAGAUUACAUCAAAUGGGAGGAAUGGUGGUACAAGUACCAGGAAUGGCUCAAACAAGAACGUUACUAUGAGCUAUGGGAACGUUCGCAAAUGAACCGCAGACGAAAGAAGAUACCGAUUGCACAGCGGCUAAACUAGUAGUAGCAAAAGUGGCCACCGUCGUCGCCUAUUU